AGUGCUUCCAGGCUUCACCAUCAGAAGGAUGCUGUCAGUGCUGCAGUCUCUUUUCCAUCCACCUCUCUCCAAAGUAAGACCUCCAUCGUUGCCCCGGAGAGAGUCAUUUUCAACAAGGUAUGUCUAAGAGAUGUUUCCAGCAAUGGAAGGGUGGUUUCCAUCAGAGCUCAGGUCACCACUGAGGCACCAACCAAGGUUGAAAAAGAGUCUAAGAAACAGGAGGAAGGUGUGAUUGUGAACAAGUUCAAACCCAAGGCCCCAUACAUUGGUAGAGUCCUUCUCAACACAAAGAUCACAGGGGAUGAUGCUCCAGGAGAAACUUGGCACAUGGUCUUCAGCACCGAGGGAGAGGUUCCUUACAGAGAAGGACAACUAAAAGCUAUGUUGGUUGACAUCAAAGCAUCAAACAUCUUAGUCAAUGAGAACCUAAAGGCCAAAGUGGCAGAUUUUGGUUUUGCACGGUUAUCUGAUGAUUCUACAGCAAAUCAUAUUUCAACUCAAGUAAAAGGAACAACUGGUUACAUGGAUCCUGAGUAUCUAAGAACAUAUCAACUCAAUAAAAAAAGUUAUGUUUAUUUCUUUGGUGUUUUUCUUGUAGAAAUGGUGACAGGAAGGCAUCCAAUUGAACCAAAGAGACCCCUUGAUGAAAAAGUGACAAUCUGA